UUAAUAUAUCUCACAAACACACAUACUUACCCAAUAUGAAUGUUGGCAUCUCCCUAAGACUUAGGAGGGCAACACAGAAGCAGUUACUUAAGUGAAACUGCUUCACAGAUUUUUUAUAUUUGCAACAGGGUUCUUCAUCUGUCUACCAAACUGCACAAUAUUUGUGAUAUCACCUGUGUUCCCUAGAUAACUAAAUGAGAAAUAAAUGCAAUUGUGACACACUUGCCAAAAAAGAGGCACAUUUUACUCCAAGUUGGUUACAAGGCCAUUCAACGGCUAUGAUCCCUCAUAAAAACAGAACUACAGUCAAAUCUCGAAUAUCAGGAGCAAUGGGAGACGAGAGGUUGAGUUAUUCCCGAUAACAGACAAUUAGCCUAGCUAAAUUAGCAAGAAAUGUGAUAAAAGAAGAUCUUGGGGUUUCUGUAUGGUAUAAUUUAACUCAAUAUAUGAAGAAUCACAGAAAUGUAGGGGCAGCAAGGGACCUCUGGAGUUUGUUUAAUCCAGCCUCCCUCCCAGGUGUAGGACUCUGUAUUUGCCCUUGUUAAACCUCAUCAGGUCCCUCUCCACCCAACUCUCCAACCUCACUCUUCCGCAAUGUCUCAGUUCUACUCAGAACAGACCUGGGGCUGCCAUGUGCACAGUGCUGCUUUAUACCCCUCCACCAAUCGAUCAUGACCAAACAUCAUGCUUAUACCAUUUAUUUUGCCCUUAAGGACCACAGAAAACUCAAAUGCCAUGAGGUUGCUGAGGAGAGGUGCUGAAUUCAUUAAUGAUGAGCACUCUCCUCUACAAGAGCAAGGAAAAGAAGCAAAAUCUACAAGCUGUCCAUCUUGCAGACAUGUUUAAAAGGCCUCAGAAAUACAAGCAGACACACAAAUGUGAAGUGCUGCUGGGGUGACUGCUGUGGAGGAAGGACUGCGGUGACGUCACCGAGCAGCAGGCUGUGAUGUCACAAGGGAUGCACUGUGACCGCAGCACCCUCACUGCUCAUUUUUGGGCGCGGGCAGAGCCUGGCCCAGUCCGUCUCGUGCCUGGACUCCUGCCGAACGUGUGUGUGAGGCUUGGAGGUGGAGCGAGCAUUUGUCUUGGGUGCUGGGCUGUGCUUUGGGCACUGCUGGCAGCAGCUCUCAGUGCCCGUCCCUACAGCCAUCACCUGUAUUUCCCUGGCCUGCCUGGCUCAGGCAGCCGGGGCUCCACAGGGCGCACGCGCAGCAGCAGAGCGCGCAACAUUCACCACCGAGGCGCUGGUGAAGAGGAGCAGCGCCUCAUCGUAACUCCCCAGUAGGCCACAGCAUAAGGACCAUGGCAGCGGAGCAGGAAUGGGUAUGUCCCAUCUGCCGUGAAGUGCGCAAGGACAUUGCCUACGCGGUGCCGUGCCAUCAUGAGUUCUGCCUCGGCUGCAUCCUGCGGUGGGGCAAGCAGCAGAAGAGCUGCCCGCUCUGCAGGAGGGACAUGGAAGUAGUCAAGGUCGCAGAGUGGGAUGAUGACGAGGACCUGGACUUCAUCAUCUGGCCUCCAGCACCACCUGUGCCUGCCUGCUUCCAGGAAGGCCUUGCUCCAUCCCACAGCAGCUCUAGCUCCUUGCUGUCCCCUUUGCUGUCUCCUUCGCCAUUCUCUGAUGAGGAAGAGAAUGCGGAGGCAGACAUGGAGGAAGGUGAGGAGGCAGAUGGGGAGGAGGCAGAGGAGGAGGAGGAGGAGGAAGAGACAGAGGAUCAGGACGAUGAGGAGGCAGAAGAGGGGCCUGUGGUGGGCGGUCUCCAGCCUCAGGCCUGGGCAGAGCUGUUCAGGCAGCACCAGGAGAUCCUGGACCCUGUGCUGCCCUUGCUGCGCCAAGAGCUGAGAGCCAUCUUUGACACGCACUGGUGGCCGGCAGUGGCAGCAGAGAACUACAUCCUUGAUGCUCUGUGUGACAUUGGGCUGCACAGUGAGGAGCUGAUGGAGCUGAUGCGGCCUGCGCUGGGGGUUGAAACGGAGACAUUCAUCCAGGGCCUCGUCGACACCAUUGUGCGCCAGUGCGGCGAGGAGGCCCACAGACUGCUGGGUCUGCAGGGCGCCCACGUGUCCGCGGGGCAGGAGGAGGGCCCUGCAGCCAGGGGGCAGGAGGACAGCCCUGUGGCCGCCCCUGGCCCCACAGCCUCCCCACAAGUGACCCUCACACGAGGGCCUGGACUCUCUGGCAGCAUCGCGAGUCCCAACAGGGAGGAGCGGCCCAGCACAGCAGGGGCUCGUGUUUGUGCACAGCCCAGUCCCAACUCUGCUGUGCACGUGGCGAGGGAAGCGGAGGAGCCCGACGAGGAGAUGGAGCUGGCGGCAGCAGCAGGUCCCUCUGCCCAGGGCAGCAGCCCCUCCGCUCCUGGCCACUCGCCUGAGAGGGCCCGGCGGCCCCCAAAGAGGAGCGCCGACAGUGACCAGGACGCACAGCCGCCAUGCAAGAGGCCGCCCCCUCGGCGGGACUAGCAGGGGUUGCACUUCCCCUCAGUAAAUAUGUAAAUA